AUGCAUCUCCUCUCGUCCAUCGCGCCAAUCUUCCUACUUGCCACAUUAGCAUCGGCAAAGCCGGUACCGCGAUCGGACCAAGUCGUUCGGUGUACCCUCACCUCCGAUGCGCAGAUCGCCCACAUAAAGGCAUCUCACCUUGAUGUCUGGUCCCACAGCCUUGGUCUCAACCACCCUGCAGACAUUCGGGUUUCUGCUACCGAAAGAGCCCAACUGGAGGCCACAGGGGCAAAAUGUGAUGUCUUUAUCGACGAUCUUGCUCCUCUUCUUGAAGCAGAACAGCAACCUCAUCUGGCAAUUCGACAAGGACCAAGUGCGCUGGCCGCUGACCCGUACUUCUCAAGCUAUAAGCCUUACUCUCAGAUCGUCGACAAAGUCAAAGCAUGGGCGCAAGCUUAUCCUGACCGCGUCAAGUACUUGGGCAGCAUCGGCGCGUCAACAGAGGGUAGAGAAAUUCCCGCGUUCAAGAUUACGAAUAACAAGAUUCCAAGUUCUUCCAAAAAGAGCAUCUACUUCAACGGAGGAAUCCACGCCCGCGAAUGGAUUUCCUCCGCGACGGUGAUGUACGUUGCCAAUGCGCUCAUCACAUCCACUGACCCCCAGCUCUCCGACUUCCUCGACAAGGUCGAGUUUUACAUCACCCCGAUAUCUAACCCAGACGGAUACGAAUAUAGCCGUACGCAGGACAGGUAUUGGCGGAAGAACAGAGGCAGCAACUCGAACUCAAACUGCGUAGGUGUGGAUCUCAAUCGUAACUGGGACGAACAUUUCGGAGUUGUGGGCGUAGAUUCCAACCCAUGUUCCGAAACUUACAAUGGUCCAUCUGCGUUCUCGGAACCGGAAACCAAAGCUCUCUCCAAAUUUAUCCUCUCACUUCCCAACCGUAUCGCUGGAAUUGACUGGCAUUCAUAUGGCCAGUACAUCCUCCGUCCAUGGGGAUGGACAACAACAAAGAGCAAGAAUGAAGCCCUCUACAAGGCCCUCGGUGAUGGUGUUCGUGACGCUAUCGCAACGUUCAACGGAAACCGAUAUAGCUCAAUCACCGGAGCAGAACUGUAUCCUGCUUCAGGGGCCACGGAUGACUGGAUGACCGCCAAAGCUAAAAUGACCGGUUUUACGAUCGAGUUGAGAGACACGGGUCGUAUUGCUGACAAUGUCAAUACAUUACAUGGCAUUUCUUUGACGAUCCAGUGA